AUGGUCCAGCUCUCGCCAUCCAGUCGUGGUGGUAAUAAUGGUCAGCUGUCUCUCAUCAUGGGUGACGCCAAGCACCAGUCUGGGGAUCUCAGUUUGCUACAGUCUUCCCUGUCCUCUGAGACUCCGCUCCAGGUCUAUGAGACGUACACAGAGAACGGCUUCAUCAGCCUGAAACAUAAGAUCCGCAACAUUGAGAAAAAGAAGGUAAAACUAGAAGAUUACAGAGACCGUCUAAGAAAUGGAGAGGCGCUGAAUGAGGACCAGCUGGAGGCGGUUGAAAAGUAUGAGGCUGUCAUUCAUAAUCUGGAUUUUGCCAAAGAACUUCAAAAAAUCUUUACAGCUCUAAGUCAAGAUUUAAUAAAGGCUCAGAAGAAGGCCUUCAGACGUGAGCACAUGCAGAAGACUGAAGCAGAGAAAAAGCGCCUGCGUACAGUGCUCCAGGUUAAGUACUUAUUACAGUCGUUCUGUCAAGAUCACGUGCAGCAAGAUUUCAAAGAUGGAUUAAACGGGGCCAUGUACAUCACCUCCAAGGAGCUGGACAGUCUCUCAAAGUUUGCCAAACUAAUUUGUCACCAGAGGUUUAAACACAUGAGUCUUGAAGACGAGAUGGAUCAGUUGUCUAUCUACCUGUGGAACCUACUGGAAGGCAAUGAAAAAACUGUGGCAGGAGCGAACUACAAGUACCUGAAGGAUCUGGUGGCCAGGAUGCUGGAUUGUGGGUAUUUUGAAAGUGUCCCUGAUCCUCCUCCUCCAAAGAAGCCAGAAACAUUGCCUAAAGAACCUCCAAACACUGAAACCAGAAAAGUAUCUAAAGCUGAACCAGAGUCUAAGGAACAUGUGAUAUUGGACUCUCUUCCUCCCCAACAGCUUCCAAUCAGGCAUUGUAUGCCAAAAGUUGAGAAGAUGUCUAAAGCUGCAGAGAUGAUUAAUUCAGUGCAAGUAAAAUGCAUGAAACCAGAGGCAAUAAAACCCUGGGCAGUAGCUGCUAAUGUGAAGCUACAAGAGCCACCAAAGAGGUGGCAACCUCCAGCAACAUUGGUGCCACUGAAUAAGCCUUGGGAAGCUACAAGGGUCCAUCAGCCUGCGGUCCAUCAGCCUGCGGUCCAUCAGCCUGCGGUCCAUCAGCCUGCGAAGUGUGACCUGGGGCCACCAAAGGAGAGACGUGAGCGGGCACCAAAGCCUCAGCAGGAAGUGAAGUCCAUGACCCUGCUGAAGGAUCCUAAGAUGCUGCCUGUUCCAAAUGUGCAGAUUACAGUGAAGAAGAGGGAACCUCCUGCAUCCAUUUGUAUCGACCAGCUGUCACCAGCUGUGAACACACAGCCCCACCGUGUGGCCUCUCAGCCAGCUGCUGAGUACUCCUACUCACCAACUCUCCCUAAGGAUCCAGAACUGCGGAAACAAAAACUGGAGGAUCUGAUCGAUGAGAUCAAAGGCACGUAUAACUUCAUGCAGGACUCCAUGUUGGAUUGUGAAUUGCCACCUCCAGGAACAGCCUCUCCAAAGCUUCUUAUAGUUCCAGCAGUUAUCUCUGAGGCCAUUGAAGGCCCGAAGGAACCAACAGUGCUAACUGAAAAGGUUGAGAAGAUAGAAAAGUCCAUGGAACCAGUAGUUGACCCAGAUUGCCCCAUUCUGUCAGAACCAGAUGAUUCUCCAGAACCUGCAUGCUCCCCCAUUAAGGUUCCUCCUGUGUCGCCAGUCCGUAAAGUGGAAACGCUGUCUACAGAUCCCAUCUAUGUUCCAAACACUCCUCUAACGGAGGCUCUUCCAGAGAGAAGUCCGACUCCUGUGCUUCUACAAACUGAGCAGCUCCAGUCUCCUAAGACUCCAACAAACGUUCCACUGCUGCAGCUCAAACGAGAAGAAACCCCACUGUCUGCCAGGAGCCCUCCAGUCUCCUCCCAUAAUUCUCCUUUCCAAGGAAUGCAGGCUGUUUUUAAAGUGAAUCCACCCUUGGCAGCUCGUAAAGAAAUUAAAGACGAUCCACCGUAUCCUACAGAAUACCAGCAGACCUACAGCACUGCAAGUACUCAGACCCUUCCAUAUGGUUUACUAGAGCUGAAUGGUGAACAGCACUCGCUCAUGCAGGAGCCACUAGUGGGGAGUCCCUAUACUUCUGGAAUGCCUCCAGUAAGCAAUGGAAGUGUUCCUGGUUACACAUCCACCCCCAACCUCAUGCCUCGUAUUCCCCAGCAAUUCAUGAGUAACAGAGGUGGAAUGGUGAGAGGGACCAGUCGUGGAGCCCGGGUAAUGACCAAUGGCUAUCGCUGCCAGACAAGCUUUAAAGGUCCUGAGACCUAUAGAGGAACCCAGUGUCCCUCUGGUGGAAGCUAUGCACCCUGCCCUGGGCGAGACUAUCCAGUUACCCAGUAUAUACCACGGGAUUCAAACUCCUAUCUUUGCCAUAAGAGAGGAUCUGUCACACCGGCUGGCCGCUUGACUUCAAGGGGUUGGAAUGACUCUGCCCAGCUCGGGAGCCCAGAGAUGGAGGAAAGUUUCAACAGUACAGACUCUGGACAGGGGGACUCUCGCAGUAUGACCUCUGUUGAUAUGUCCAUUAGCAGCCAAGCUGCCACCAUUCUGCCAGUCCACGUCUACCCUCUUCCUCAGCAAAUGAGGGUAGCGUUCUCUGCAGCCAGAACAUCUAACUUUACCCCUGGUACACUAGAUCAACCAAUUGUGUUUGAACUGUUGCUUAACAAUCUGGGGGAUACCUUUGACUUCCAGGUUGGGCGUUUUAUGUGUCCAGUUAAUGGCACCUACGUGUUCAUAUUCCACAUGUUAAAACUGGCCGUGAACGUUCCUUUGUAUGUGAACCUGAUGAAGAAUGAGGAGGUGAUGGUAUCUGCUUAUGCCAAUGAUGGAGCCCCAGACCAUGAGACAGCCAGUAACCAUGCCGUUCUGCAACUCUAUCAGGGUGACCAGAUCUGGCUACGGCUGCACAGAGGAGCCAUUUAUGGCAGCAGCUGGAAAUACUCUACUUUCUCUGGCUAUUUGCUGUAUCAGGACUAAGUUUCUUCAGACCUAUCACUGGAAUGAGUUGUGCAAUUGAAAUUGGAGAAUGGUUUGUGGUUAUGAUGGGAGUCCAAAUUCUGUUAAGGUACCAAUGAAGAACUUAACUGGUCCAGAGACUUUUCGCAUCUGACCUGGGUAGAAGUUGGUGCACCUUUCUUGGCCAGUGACAUGGAUAAAGCCAAAGGACUUGAGUAUGAU